ACUAAUCUAUUCUUCUCACACCUCUUGUCUUCUCUUUCUUUCUUCACCUCUUGUCAUUCUCCAUUUCUUCCCAAACAUGUCUGGAGAUCAUAGACGAAAAAAUUCCGUCGAGGCCUCCUCAUCACGAUCCACUAACGCCGAUCAUCAUCAUCCACAACCAAACCCUCAACCGCUCAGCCGCUACGAGUCUCAGAAGCGGCGAGACUGGAACACCUUCGGCCAGUACCUGAAGAACCAGACCCCUCCAGUUUCGAUGUCCCAUUGCCAGUUCAACCACGUCCUCGACUUCCUUCGCUACCUCGACCAGUUUGGAAAGACCAAGGUGCACUUACAUGGUUGUGUCUUUUUCGGGCAGCCCGACCCUCCUGCCCCUUGCACCUGCCCGCUCCGGCAGGCCUGGGGUAGCCUCGACGCCCUGAUCGGGCGUCUCAGGGCUGCGUAUGAGGAACACGGAGGAGCACCGGAGACAAACCCUUUCGGUAACGGAGCUAUUCGGGUUUACCUGAGGGAAGUGAAGGAGUGUCAGGCCAAGGCUAGAGGAAUCCCGUACAAGAAGAAAAAGAAGAGGAGGAACAAUCAGCUUAAGGCGAUUAGUGAUGAGGCUAAGGGUUUGAAGCAACUCACUUCUUGAUUAGUUCCCUUGGGCUUCUUCAGAUCGAUCGAUGGAUCUCAUAUAUAAAAAGUCAUUUGGAUGCAUGGGAUGGAUAUUUAUUGCAUGGUCGUAAUAUUAUUUCUUCAUCUGGAAUUGUGGAAAUAUGUUAUGGCUUAUAUUAGCUAGCCUAGCUCUAAAUAAUCUCUACCACGUACUACAACUAGCUAGCUAGUUCAAAUCCUACUUGUAUUACUUUCUAAGUUUUAUGUAGCUGCAAUCAAUCUAGUACACAUCUUGUAAGUUAAUUUCGACUAGGUACAAUUACCCAGACAUUUCCAAAGCUUACCAAACAGUAUGCUAUAUCUGUCUAGCUCUGUAUUACAGAUAGCUCCCAUAAAACAGGUGAACGAUCG